AUGGCUAUCACAGUCGGCCAGGUCUCUGGCGUAAUCGCCUGCGUCGGCGUUAUCUUACAUAUAAUCGUCCCCCUACUCGCCGUCAUCGUCUUCGUGAGCCUUCUAUCCAGCGAGCACACCGCCGCUACUUGGUCCGUCGUAAGCCGCCAACUGCAAUCCACCCUCUGGCCUGUCUUCCUGCGCGCCGACUCGGCCAAUAGCAAACACGUCGCGCGGCGUGUCCGCCUUCUUACUUUGCUUCGCACGUUUGUAUAUGCUUUGAUCUCUGUGGCUGCGUUCGUCACACCCCUAGGUCUAAAAACAGUGAUUGAGCUGGCCAACCACCCACACGCGCUGGGCUUUCAGUAUGUGCCCGAUUCGUCGCCGUUUGGAUUCGGUACGCCGGUGCGGUAUAAUCGGUAUUCGAGGCUGUGUGGGAAUAGGAUGUAUGUAAAUUGUCCGGGGUCGCCGUUUGGCGGUAUGUUGGCCUUUUACAACGAUACGGGGAUGUAUAGUAUACCAACUACCCCCAACGCAACUAUCCUCAGCUCCCUCUCACCAGAGUACCUCGAAAUGUUCUCUAGCGCAACUUCUGGCGUUGGAAAUACGCUCUCUGGGCUUUUCGACAUCCAGUACAGGGUGUGGUCCGUCACUCUCGAGGAAACAGGAAUUAUCGACGGCGGCCAGCCUUUCCCCAUCGGAACGUACCGACACAUGGACAGUUUGGUCGUACGCAACGAAGUCGUGUUGAUCGAAGGCGCCGUGGCCGAUAUGAUGAACGGCGGCCUUGGCUAUCGCAACCACACUGCACCGCAAAACAUCCCGUACGGCGCGACAUGGACAGAAGAUUUGACCUGGGUCGAACCUGUAACCGAAUGCGUCGAUACAAACUUGACGUUUCACUACUUCCUCGACAGCGAACUCGGGUCUGUCGCGAAUGUGACCCUGAUUGAUAACGGCGGGUUUGUGAAUUUGGACCCUGUAUACCCCAAUGGAACGUGGCACGACCGACAAAACCCAGACUUGCGGGCGCGCGCGUACAAGGCGGCGUAUAUCAAUAAUAUCAUGUCUGCAAUUUUUCUGAAUGUUACGUUUGACCCAUCUCAGAAGCAGAUGAAUUCGUCACUGGGCAAGAUGUAUGGACAGGGGGACCAGGGGAGUAUCUUGUUCGCGCCGAAAUUGUAUACUACGCAAUUCGCAAAAAUUGAUGGUGGAUACCUCUCUCUCAACCCAGGGCUUUAUAGUGAUUCGGACAAGAAUCUCCCCCUUUGGGAAACGAUCACUCCUGAUAACUUCACCGAGGCGGCUACUAUCUGUCAGGGCUGGGGGGGACUCGACAUGGCCAACUACACCAACACAGGUGUAUAUUGCGGCUAUAUCUAUAGCACGCCGCAGCGAACCGACGGCGGUGAUCCAUUAGUCUUUGAGCCAAAUAAAAACUACACGCAGAAUCUAUACGUGUGCGCGACAGCCAUAAAACAGAAUGUGAAAACGGUGGCUUUUUUGGCCAACAGCACCACAGACAUCACCCAGCUACACGUUACGAACAUCAGUGACAAGGUAUAUGCCGAUAACGCCUCGCAACCGCUCUGGGCAAUUGAGCACAGCAACUGGACCAUCAUCGACGACGUCGCGCCAGCAUGGGGUAUGGUGGCCAGCCACUACGAAAAUGCCAGCGGCUUUGACACUCUACGCGCAGAGCAGCUCUGGCUCCCCGCCAUCUAUGAAGGGUACACUUCAACGUUGGGACCCGCAAUGGACAGCCUCGCACCUCUCAGAAUCUUUCAAGACGCGCUGUAUUCGAUCUAUGGCGGUUCCGGCAACGGCAACGAUGAUUUUUCUGGCGCUAGUAACAUUGCCAUGAGCAGGAUGUGGUCGCAGCUGUCUGGCUCAUCGGAAAGUGCAGCAAAGAUGAUCAAUCUGAUCUGGACAGAGCUUGCGGCGGCGUCGACUGUUGGUAUCAAAGCCGUCACGGCCGACAGCUCCAGCAGGAACAGUAAAGAAAACACGCGAUUGGCAACGCCAUACACCCAGCGAAUAAGCUACACAUGGGCCUACGCAAUCCCCGGGUUUUUGGUCCUGCUUGCAUCCGCAUUCAUACUACUCUCUGCAUUAUUCUUCGCACUCACGUCCCGCUUUUCAAUACGUGUGCUCCGGCAACUUCUCAAUCAAACUGCGACGGGACGCGUUGCCACAAACCUGCUACAUCCGACAACAUCAGAUCCAAGCGCAGACACAAAGGCAUGGGCGAACACGGCAGGCAAGAUGUCGCUUUCGUUUGCAGCUGUGGAGAAGGAGAAAUCGGGGGGGACAGGACUUGCUGCUACAACGGCGUCAACGGCACAGAGUAUGGCGGCGUCGUUUCCGGGGAUGGGGACAAAGGGGGGAGAGUAUAUAAUGAUGAAGGACAAUCCGCAUUAG